AUGCCCCCUCUAUUAGCAAAUGCCGGGGGUAGAAUUGGGGCCGUGCUAUAUACCUCGUACCUUCAGGUUCUUGGGGCCCUAUAUGAACCUGUGGCCCAGGGAGUCAAGCGAGCAUACCCCCCUGCCCAUCCCUUUUAUACAUUUACGGCUGGUUUCGUAGCAGGGGCAGCCCAGUCCAUAGUUGCCGCACCCUUGGACGCCCUUCAAGUUCGUCUUCAAGCACAUGAUAUACUCGGGGGCCAGUACCGGAGUAUGUGGCACUAUGGCUGGCACAAACUGAAGCAAAUUGGUGUCCGUGGUAUCUUUGCGGGUCUAACCUUGUCGUUCCUGCGCGAUGCUUUUGGAUAUGGCGUCUUUUUCUCAUUCUUUGAGUACAUCAAAUCCCAGGCGUAUUAUUCAUUUACCACCGGGUAUUAUGGACAUCAUCAUACUUCUCACGCUGAUGACAAGAAUGCUGCAAAAACCAGCGACCGUGGUGUACCACUCAUCAAACCCCACUACACCUUAGAGCCGUGCUUUCUGAUGUUUGCAGGGGUUGCGGCCUCCAUUGCCCAGCAAGCAAUACAGCAUCCACUUAGCCUCAUACAGAACAUACACGUCGCACGGCUGGAGUACCUUGAUCGCCAGGCGAGUCUCUACCCUUCGAAAAGGCAGAUGUUGCGUCUCUACUACUUCGCUUACCGGGAGACAUAUAAACGAUGCCAAAGGAAGGCCGCGCGAUCGGGAGGCUGGCGUCGUUGGCUAUUCCGCGACUUCACGAAAAGUGCUCUCCGUCAAGUUCCCAGUACCAGUGCCGGUCUGGUGAUAUUUGAACUGGUUCGCCGUAAAUAUGCUAACAUGGCAGAAGCUGUGUACAUUCGCAAGGACGGGUAUGUACUAGGGUACUGGAUCAAGACAACAGGAAAGGGAAGGGCUGCUUUCUGGCCCACCACAACCGCCAACAUUCCUCUAUCAACACCCUCACCUCGCUCUUCGUCAAGUAUCCCGUUGCAGUCCUUACAGCCCCAACCCUCAUCACCCUCCGAUAACUCUGCCAGGGUAUUGGAAUCUGCCAGUGAGAAAGGCAGCCGACGCUCCUCGCUUUCUCCCUCUAUAAAAUCCGAGUUUUCUAACUGGACCGACACCGGGGACCUGGCUGAACAGCUUGCUGAUGCCGAAGACCACCCCCUUCAGGCCCAUCGCAGAAGGUCUCUGGAUCGCGAGGUGCCCGAGCGAGCGAGCUCAAGUGCGCGAGUGAACCAGCAGAAACGUGUACACUACCUGCAUCAUAUCCCUACAAACGACGCUGAAUUUGCAAAAACAUCAAUCGAAAUACCUCGCCCGCCACCCCGGCGCAUCUCUAGGAUCGAACGCAUACUAGCUGUCAUCAUGUCCCCAAACAGUCGGCAGACGGCCCAAGUGCAUGGCUUGGUCGGAAAGCCGUUGCUGGGUGAUCAUUUCAAUGACUACUUCGACCAACCCUCGAGAGCUGCAAUCGGCACUGUGGUCGCCAUAUUGGAAGUUGGGGCCUUCAUUUCAUCUCUACUAGUUGGACGAAUUGGCGACUUGAUAGGACGUCGUAGGACCAUUCUCUAUGGUUCCAUAGUCUUUUUCAUAGGUGGGGCACUGCAGACUUUUGCCACGGACUUGUCCAUGAUGAUGGUCGGCCGUAUAAUUGCUGGUCUGGGAGUUGGAGCUUUGUCCACAAUAGUCCCAGUCUACCAAUCUGAGAUCUCGCCGCCCCACAAUCGAGGGAAGCUGGCGUGUAUUGAGUUUACCGGCAAUAUUUCCGGUUAUGUCGCCAGUGUCUGGGUUGACUACUUUUGUAGUUUUAUCGACAGCGACUACUCAUGGCGUCUUCCACUACUAUGUCAGUGUGUUAUGGGCGCCCUACUUGGUGUAGGAAGCCUAAUAAUAUGUGAAUCACCGAGAUGGCUACUGGACAACGACUACGACGAGGAAGGCAUGGUGGUAAUUGCUAACCUCUAUGGAAAAGGAGACUUGCAUAAUGACAAGGCUAGACAAGAGUAUAGAGAGAUCAAAAUGAACGUGCUUCUCCAGCGGCAAGAAGGGGAAAGAUCCUACACUGAUAUGUUCAGAAGGUACCGCAAGCGAGUAUUGAUAGCAAUGUCAGCCCAGGCCUUGGCCCAGCUGAACGGCAUCAAUGUCAUUUCAUAUUAUGCGCCGCUUGUGUUUGAAUCGGCAGGGUGGGCAGGCCGCGACGCCAUUUUGAUGACAGGUAUUAAUGCGAUCUCUUACCUUUUAUCCACAGUUCCUCCAUGGUAUCUUGUGGACCGCUGGGGAAGACGACCGAUACUACUCUCUGGAGCGGUUGCAAUGAUAAUCUCUCUCUCUUUGAUCUCAUAUUUCAUCUAUAUUGAUGUGGGAGCAACUCCUACCCUGACGGUCAUAUUUGUCAUGAUUUACAAUGCCGCUUUUGGUGCCUCGUGGGGACCAAUCCCAUGGCUAUAUCCCCCGGAAAUUCUACCACUGAGCAUUCGAGCUAAGGGUGCUAGUCUCAGCACGGCCUCUAAUUGGGCCUUCAACUGGCUAGUUGGAGAAGUUACGCCUGUUCUUCAAGAUGCUAUCAAGUGGCGUCUCUAUCUUGUCCAUGCCUUUUUCUGUGCCUGUAGCUUUGUCCUCGUUUACUUUCUGUACCCUGAAACUAGUGGCGUCCGCUUGGAAGAUAUGAAUUUACUUUUUGGGGACGCGACGACUGCAGUGCCGACACCAGCUACGCAAGGAGAAAGAGGGUCUCUAAUGGGGACUGGCUCUCCUGUUCCCUCUCUUGAUAUCCGGAGACAGUAUGGUCAACUUGGAGCAGAAAGUGCCAUCCCUGGGCUAGAUAUUGACCCCCCAAAUAUGAACAGCGACGACAACAAUAAGUCGACCAGGCCUGGUUCUCAGACGGGCGGUCAUAGUCCAUCAGAAGGCCCCGGCGAUAAAGUGGAACCCAGCUCCGACAAGGCGCCCGGUGUUUCCGGGUCACGAUUCUUUGAACCGGAGAUCGCGUCCAGUUCUGGGGCUCAAAUCUCCGCUGAUCUGCGGCGCCGAAAUGUUCCACGCGCAGAGAGACCUAGUCCAGUGUCGGAUGGCACCAGAAAAGGCGAUAAGGAGACAAAAUUACAUGGCGACUCUUUCUACUCCGUGCUGGAUCGCUGGGAGCCCUUGAUCGUACCCCUCCUCUUGACUGCUCUGUCAAUCUUCACCCGUAUGUACCGAAUUGGUCGGUCGAAUAUUGUUACCUGGGAUGAAGCGCACUUUGGCAAGUUCGGCUCGCACUAUCUUAAGCGCGAGUUCUAUUUUGACGUCCACCCUCCACUGGGGAAGAUGCUAGUUGGUCUGUCAGGGCUUCUCGCCGGCUACAAUGGAUCCUUUGAGUUCAAAUCGGGCGAAACAUACCCAGAAGAUGUUAACUAUACUUUCAUGCGUGUUUUCAAUGCUGCUUUCGGUGUAGUAUGUGUGCCACUUGCAUACUACACUGCUCGAGAGCUAGGAUUUCGCCGGGCCACUGUUUGGCUGAUCAGCUUGAUGGUGCUAUUCGAAAAUUCAUAUGCGACAAUCUCUAGAUUCAUAUUGUUGGACUCUAUGCUUCUCUGCUUCACGUUCACUACCACAAUGUGCUGGGCAAGGUUUCACAAGUUACAGCAUGCCAGCUUUUCGAUUGAGUGGUUCAUCUGGCUUGCUUUGACCGGGGUAAGCAUUGGCUGUGUCUGUAGCGUGAAAUGGGUUGGUCUGUUCUGCACUUCGAUUGUGGGUCUCUACACGAUCGAGGAUUUAUGGAACAAAUUUGGCGAUCUCAGAAUGCCCGAGACUGUGCUUGCAAAGCACCUUGUGGCUCGCGUCAUUGGAUUGAUCAUCAUACCGGCUCUGGUGUACGUCUUUUCCUUUUAUGCGCAUUUCUUGAUCCUGGAAAACAGCGGACCCGGGGACGCCCAAAUGAGCUCCUUGUUUCAAGCGAACCUUAAGGGCACUGAGGUUGGAAAGGACAGCCCGCUAGAGAUCGCCCUUGGCUCAAGAGUCACGCUCAAGAACAUGGGCUAUGGCGGUGGACUCCUCCACUCACAUGUUCAGACAUACCCGGAGGGUUCAGGCCAACAGCAAGUUACCUGCUAUCACCACAAAGAUGCUAAUAAUGAUUGGUUCAUUUAUCCCAACCGUCAUGAAGCGGAUUAUGACCCCAACACUGCUCUACGAUUCAUUGGCGACGGCGACCAUAUCCGACUUAUCCAUGGACAGACUGGCCGAAACCUCCAUUCCCACGCUAUCCCUGCCCCUAUAACCAAGUCCCAAUAUGAAGUCUCUUCCUAUGGCAAUAUAACCAUAGGUGAUGACAAGGAUCAUUGGGCAGUCGAGGUUGUUGACGAUGUAGCUUCAAAGGACAGAAGCAGGAUUCGGACACUUACAACCGCGUUCCGCUUACGGCACCCCGUCCUAGGUUGCUAUUUACGAGCCGGCAAUGUGAAUCUACCGCAAUGGGGCUUCAAGCAGAUAGAAACAACAUGUGUCAAGGAAAACAAGCCUGGUGAUGUUUACACCCACUGGAAUGUUGAAUCUCACUUCAACGAGCGGCUGCCCCCUGGUGAUCCAGGCUCCUACAAAUCUCCCUUCCUGAAGGAUUUCAUUCAUCUAAACGUUGCCAUGAUGACCUCAAACAAUGCCCUGGUUCCUGAUCCGGAUAAGCAGGAUGAUCUUGCCUCCAAGUUUUGGCAGUGGCCCAUACUCAAUGUCGGCCUCCGCAUGUGUUCUUGGGACGACAACACCAUCAAAUACUAUCUUCUUGGUAAUCCGUUUAUCUACUGGGGCAGCACCUUCAGUCUCGGAUUUUUCGGGCUCUUGAUCCUUUGGUACCUGGUGCGUUGGCAACGAGGUUAUAAUGAACUCACCCAGGCGGACAUCGACCACAUCCACUACUCCGGCCUCUACCCAGUCAUUGGAUGGGUUCUCCACUAUUUGCCUUUUGUUAUCAUGGCGCGGGUCACAUAUGUCCACCACUAUUACCCAGCUCUGUACUACGCCAUUCUUACUUUUGGGUUCUGUGUCGACUGGCUCACCCAAAAGAUGAACAGCAAAAUCUGUGGUGUGAUAUAUGCCUGCUUGUAUACCAUAAUCGUUGCGAUGUUUGUUUAUUUCAGGGUUAUUGUGUUUGGCAUCGAAGGGCCCAGUCAAGAGUGGGAUCAUCUGAACUGGCUUAGUGGCUGGCGGAUCGCAAAUUAA